GCUCUUGCCAUCUUGUCUGGUCGAAGAGAAGCGCCACAGCCAAGCAGGCAAGCAGUAGCAGCAGCAAUAGCUAGCAGGCAUCCAGCAACCGUGAGCUUCCAGUUGCGGUGCUCUUGUGGCUAUCUGUCAGCUAACAGCCACAAGUAACUUACGACACUUAGAGGCCAAACUUCAACGACUUCUGACGUAUUUUUUUCCUCUACGCCGCUGGACUAUAUUUUCUACUCGAAGGGGCCGACUGGAAUGUUUACAUUAUGAUUCCACACCUGUUGGCACUGGGGCAGGCGAAACUAGCUCACUUGAGCUAACUCGGCUAGUCGGCAUUUACAAAAAGAGAGAGAAGUGGACUAACAAACCCGGGCCUGCCUCCGACUGAAGUCCCGGGGACAGUCGCUGAACUGCUCGCACGAGGGUCUGCUUGUUGCGGGCUCCGUGAGACACGAGGACGGCUGACCGGGUGUCAGAGAGAGGCCGGGGAGGCGUCUCAGGAGGUUGGGAGAGUCUUGGACCGUGCCCGUGACUUUUCUCCUGGUGGACUGAGCGAGAGGAAAACGGUAUGGAAAAGUGCUGUGGCGGUACGUCUCCGUUUGUUGUCCUCCUCCAGUGAAUUUAUCAGGAAGACGGAACGGGGCUUCGUUUCAUGUGGGAAUAUACUGCCUCGACAGAGCUAGCCAACAUGUCAAAAAUGCCAGCGAAAAAGAAGAGUUGUUUCCAGAUCACGAGUGUUACGCAGGCUCAGGUGGCGGCCAACAACACCGCAGACGACACCGAGAGUCUCGACGACCCGGACGAGUCCCGAACGGAGGACGUGUCUUCGGAAAUAUUCGAUGUUUCGCGAGCUGACCUUGCUGUGUGUGACAGGAGCUCGUCCGAGGAAACCUUAAACAACGUGGGAGACACCCAGGAGGGUCAGGCCCCUUUGACAGCUCCUGUCAAUGGGGGUCUUGCCAAUAAUAAAAGUGCAUGUGGCGGUCGUGUUACCCCGCAGCAUUCCAUAACAAGUGUGCCCGUUAUUGCCACUGUGUCUACCACUGUCACUCCUGCGAAUACCUGCAGCUCUCGCUUCAGGGUCAUUAAACUAGACCAUGGUACCGGAGAGCCCUUCAGAAGAGGGAGAUGGACUUGCACUGAGUUCCAUGACAGAGACUCUGAUUCAAAUGGAAAUCGGGCUGUGGAUAGCAUCAAACCAAAUGUAACCCUCGAUCACAGUAUAGAACGGGACAGUGGACUAGGGACCACCAGUAACACUGUGGUCUCUACCAGUGCUUCCUCCUCACAGGCUUUGGAGAAUACCGUGGAUAGCGGCCACACGGCUACACAUCCCACUCAUUCUUUUGAGGCUGUCCAGCAAGGCUUUGGCUUGGUCCCCCAAAUUGGGAGUGGAGCAAGUGCCUUCCAGCCCACAGGGUACUCUACAGCGAUGACAUCAAAACAAUUGCAAAAUGCUCAGGUCACUAUGCAACCUGCUGCUCCACAAACCUUCCUCUCAAAUAACCUCAAGGGUGUGCACCAAGGUUCCCUGCAGCAGAAGUCUCCCAUCUUGCCUCCUGCUACACAAAUCCAGCACUUUCCUUAUUCGAACCAUCCUGCAGCCCAACCAGAUUACCGGCAGCAGCAGUUGGGUUCAAGCACUCCUCCCAUAACUGCUCACUCUGUGGGCCCCGCAUCUCUUGUCGUGCCAGCUAGUUCAGUAGCCCAGGGCCUAGGUGUUGAUGCACCCACGGCCCAGGGCCUCCUACUACACAUGGCACCAGGAGGUGGUCAGCAGCAGCAACAGUUGGUCAACCCUACACAGCCCUCGGGAGGGUUAGGCCUUGCCCCCACGUCCGCUCUCGCCAUAGGUGUCCUGAAUGUGCCCGUCACAGUGCCCACUACCACCAGUACCCCUACGGGUGGGGCGAGUCAGGCGCCUGGCAGAGGAGGAAUCAGCCCAGGCCUUCUCGCUGGAUUCAGUAAGCGGGCAGAAGAUGGUCGGCCCAAAUCUGAAGUCCUACCUCAUCCCAGUGGCAAUGUGGUGCCAGGGAAAGACAGUAUGAAGCCUUUCAUCACAGAGGGUCUCGCCCUUCCCAGUCCUGCUGUCAACAGCUUCUUUGGCAUCCAUUUAACCAUGGAUGGUGAUGAGGACAGUGCAUCCGGUGCCAGCGUAGUUGCCAUUGACAACAAGAUUGAACAGGCCAUGGAUUUGGUAAAGAGCCACCUGAUGUACGCUGUCCGCGAGGAGGUUGAGGUGCUGAAGGAGCAAAUUAAGGAGCUGUAUGAGCGCAACUCCAUGCUGGAGCGCGAGAACGCUGUGCUCAAGUCGUUGGCCAACUCAGAUCAGCUCAACCACCUUUCCAGCCACGGCAGCACGUCGCCCCCGCAGCAGCAACACGCAGCCAUUACAAACAGCGGCGCCCCCUUGGCGCACCACGAGGGGGCUCAGAGCGUCCCCCACCAGCCCAACAUCACCUCGGCGUGAUCCCCUCCCCCCAGCUCGCACCCAAGCGCAUCCACCGGUCCACACGCUCAAUUCCACACAGCUCUCAAGCAGAGACACGCGCAUACCGUCCCCCGCAGCGUUGCAUUAAAUGUGCUCCAUUUAAGGAAAGUAGUGACAUCAUCUCGAAAGAGAACCGCCGUCAUCCCUUGGGAAAGUCUUAUUGUGGCUGAAGUAGAUGGCGGGACAAAGGGAGCAGGAGCACAGGGGUGGGGGUGGCAGCAAGUGGUCCAAAAGGGCAGUGCAAGACGUGGGAAAGCCAUAGUGGCAAAUAAAGCUCCCGCAAUGUCAGCAUCCACGCGCCACAUCAUUCACGGGGGCCGAAAGCAACCAAGGGAUGUGUCGUCAUCAGCAGAGGCGUCCAGCGGAGCAAGUCGAGUGCCUCGUUCAUUAUAGGCCGCAACAAAAAGCUUACUUUAGUUGUUGUCGUUUGCUCAGAGCCGCCAUCCUUUUGACAUGUAACAUUUCCAUUAUUAAUUCACGUGUAGUAUUUGCAUUUAUUUAUUUCAGGGCUGCUAUUUUCAUAACGUCACAAAAGACAAAGAAAGUGUAUUGUCUUUUUAGAAUCUGUCAGGUCUUUUCGGUAGUCUCUCACAAUCAAGCAAGUGUCAGUAAGUAGAGCAGACGGUAGGAAGGAAACACUAAAGCAGAAUUACAUGAGUUGAAAUCCUGGUUGAAUGUAUAUUUUGUAAAGUAUUCAGAGUGAACAAGGUAUGUACAGUACAAGAAAGAACCUGCUAUGAAAUAUGUGCUGGGAGGUUUUGAUAAAGCCAAACUAUUAUUUCUUUUGAGGUUCUUUGUUUAAAUGGGUAAAAAAAAAAAAAAAAAAAAAAGAUUGGGGUCUUGGUUGGGGGAUGAAAAGCUGUGAAAUUGUUGGACCUACUUUAUAACCAAAGACGCAAAGCUGUGUAAGUCUUUUUCUGUUCUCACUCCUUUAUUUUUUUUAAAUGCACACUUUGUCCCUUAUUUUUUAUUAUUUGUUUUGGCUCUUUGCAUGACCUGCAUGCCCUAUACUCAAACCACUUUCUUAAAGUCAUGCUUUUAAUCCAGCACUCGGUUUGUGUUCUGUCAUUGUGUCUGUCCGUGGCUAUAGUUGUGAUGAAAGGGAACAAAUUCAGCGAAGGUGAUGGAGAAGUGAGAAAAGGAGCCAUUUUUUGUUACAUGACGGAUUUGAAUGCAUUCAACAAAGUCAGCAUUUAAAUUUUGAUUGUAGAUUUCCAACACACCCUUAAAAGUACACAACAGUUUCCAAAAUACAGACCGCAAGGAAACUAUGAAACAUUUCUCAACUUGAAGCUGGAACCCAGUCCGUCAUCGGAGAGAAUCUACGUAUUGGGAUGUUUGUGUUCAGUCUUGUCUGUUGUGCCUCCUCUGCGUCACCUGCUGCCGUCAGGUGAUUCCGAUGCGGUCUACGUGGCUUAGAAU